CUCGUACGCAUUAACAUACGAUUGAGAAAGAAGGAGACUGUGACUCGCUGGGGGAGCAUAAAAUCCGCGAGUUCGGCACAUUUUCCCGUUCUCCAAAAUUUUUUUCCCUUUAGUCUCCAAGUAACUGGCGUCUCGACAAGUGCAUUUUCUUAUUUGACUCUCGUCGCAUUUGUUCGUCAAGUUUCCUUUUGCGAACUCACGGGAAUAAUUGUGAAAAGUGAUCUCUGAAUUUCGACGCACGUGAACGCGACGUCUUGUCGCGCAGACGUUCGCCGGAGUUUGCUUUGACGCAUCCCUUGCAACGGAGAACAGGCAGAGAAAAUAUCGGAGAAAAGUGUCCAUGGUGUCUACUGAGAAGGGAAUAACUGUGACCGUCAUGCAAAUACGAGUAAGGUGCUAAUAGCUUCGGUAAACUCGCGGAUUCCUUAAUCAAGGUGACGAAGAGAAAAACUUAAAGCAAGAAGAAUCGGGUCGCAACCAUGAAAUCCGCGAUCGCGCUGCAACAAUUCAAAAAAUGCAUCAUCUUAUUUAUAGUAGGCAUCGGAUGUAGCACCUUGAUGUAUAUGAUUUACGUCUUCGAUCCCACUACUAUGAUAGUGGAAUAUAAUUUACAAAUGGUACCAAACACGCUUCUCUUUUCAAUAUGGAGGCAACCGCCUCUUAAAAUGUAUCUAAAAGUAUAUGUAUUUAACAUUACGAAUCCAAUAGAAUUUUUAAACGGCGAAGAGAACAUCAAAUUUGAAGAAAUCGGGCCAUAUGUAUAUCAAGAAAUUCUUGUUCACGAGAACAUUACGUUUAACGAUAACAACACUAUGUCCUAUAUUCCUAGAAGAACAAUAGUUUAUAUUCCCGAAAUGUCAAUCGGUGAUCCUGCGGAGACUGUAAUCAAUGUCGUAAAUAUUCCGUAUUUGGGUGUGACAUCCGCUCUGAGUGAUGCCGGAUUUAUGGUAAACUAUCCUAUAGCACAAUUGGCUAAUUUUCUGAAGACGAAACCGAUUCUCAACAUCACGGUGUACGAUUAUUUAUGGGGCUUUGAGGAUCCGUUGGUAAAGUUGGCCAGUGGAAUCGUACCGAAUUUUAUCAACUUCCAAAAAUUUGGUCUCUUGGACAGGAUGUACGACGAUGGGGAAAAUAUUGUGACGGUAAAUCUUCAAAAGAAGGAUGACAUGUUAGAAGAGGAAGGGCGAUAUCUCAGUAUCGAUAAGUACAACGGUAGCCCUGGAAUGGCGCACUGGGGAUACAUUGAUACAGAAGGCAACGAAACGCGAGAAGAGAAUACAAUUUGUAAUAGGCUACGAGGUGCCACGGAAGGCGUUAUAUAUCCAUCGCACAUGGACAAACGUGCUAAGUUUAGGAUCUAUAGGAAAGCUUUUUGUCGACCGCUACCGGUUACGUUCAGAAAAGAAACUUGGACAGAGAAUGGUGUGCCAGGAUAUAUGUACACUCUCGCUGAUGAUUUCGCCGAUCCAGGUGAUCAGAACCCGGACAAUGAAUGCUUUUGCCGUAAGAAGACCUGUUUGAAAAAAGGAUUGGUUGAUCUAACACCGUGUUACUACAAUAUCCCGGCGGCAGAGUCGUUCCCGCAUUUUCUCGAUGCCGAUCCAAGUUUGUUGGAAAAUAUAGAGGGUCUUAAACCUGAUAAAGAGAAGCAUGGAUCUUACUGCAUAUUGCAGCAGACAGUCGGUAUGCCUGUCGAGUUUCAUUCUAGGCUGCAGACAAACCUGAUAAUGCGUCGUUCACGCUAUAAUUCUAAACUUACGCCAUUCAAUGACCUCACGUUACCCUUAUUUUGGUUUGAAUCGUAUAUGGUCAUGCCGAACUAUCUGGUGAUUCUAUUAAAGUUAGGACUUCGAAUACUACCGAUCGCACAAGCGGUGUUGAUGUAUUUGCUUGGUGUAAUUGGGCUAACAACUUCAGUAUUAUCGUUGAUAUCCAUUGCAUGGAUAUUUAAUCAGCAACAGCAGCAGCAAAAGCAGGAAAUAACCAGAAGUAACGAUAAUCUCGAUUUGAGAGUACCUUUGUGUAAUGGUCCGUAUUUGACCACCUCCAUCAAUAUUUUACCGCCGAUAAAGUGCCGUAAAUGAAAGUGAAUGUUCUUACUUAUAAUCGCGUAUCAAUAAAAAUAUGAAGAAAUAUGA